AACCCCCUUCUUGUUCACCAGCUUGGCCCACAAUUCCCAAACAUCUAACACACUUAUCCACUUCAUCUCUGGACUCUAGAAAACAGUGGCCUAUCAUCCAGCUGCCAUGAAGACUGUUUUGGCUCUGCUUGGGCUUUUUUCUCUGGCUUACCACAGCCACGCUCUGAAAUGUCACACGUGUGUGGCGUCCAGCGAGGACGACUGCAACAGGCAGGGCUCCACCUCGUGUCCACAGUACGCUGAUGCCUGCUCCACCAUCACAGGCCCGAACACUGUGAUGAAGUCAUGCUCAUACAAGGCGUUCUGCGACAAGGCGCACAGCAGCAGCUCAGGAGCCAAGAUGGAGUGCUGCUUUGGUGACGACUGCAACGGGCCCCACAGGAGCCACCACCGCAACGCUGCAGGGACAUUGUCUACCAGCCCGGUCCUGCUGAUCACCUUCCUGCUGCUGUUGUUACACAAUGCCUUUAGUCAGUUCUAAACUCCUCCACCUAGUCGUUUCUCUGCAGUGUUUCACUACCUCCUCUUCAUCUGUUUUAUUGUUAAUGUCAUCCAUCCAAGUUCAAAAGAAUAUCUGAGGCGUAGAGAGUUUAUGGUGGUUUAAGAUAGGUGUAAAAACAUGAUUGUGGUGUGCAUGAAAAGGCAUCCUACAGAUGCAAGUUGCAUUUUAGCAGCUUUCAUUGUCUUACUGUCACUGACAACUUAAAAAAUUGAUAUUUCUUAAUAGUUGCACAAAAAGGUGAAGUAACCUGAACUGGGAGUAUUUAUGAUGAAUAAAUAUGUGAAAAGUGAAGAACUCCUACUCAAAGCUCUGGUGCAGACAGGGGGUUGCGGGUGUGGUUUGGGUAGGCGGGACAGCUACCAUUGCAUCGAAACACAUUAUUCCUGUCUGUCAUUACCCUCAUAAUCUAAUCAUUUAUUGUGCUUUCUAGUUUGUCUGAAUAAAGACACAAAAUUUCA